AUGACCAUUGCCGCGUUGCGAACGCUGGUCGCCCAGGUCCCCAGCUGGCAGGACCGUCUCGGAAAGCUGGUGGCCGACAUUGACGCCCGACAAACCGAACUAUCCAAGGCCGAAAAGUCCACCGUGCAAGACUCUACCACGCCGACGCCGGACCUCGAUACACACGCUUCGUCUAGCCACUCGAUACCCGGACUGCAGACUGACAAUAUGAACAUUGACUCUGCCACUUCGGUCGCCAGCCUCCAGAAACCGACACAAUCCGUUGCCAAUGGCCCGACAGCCAAGACAAAACGGCCCGAUCCCGUCUACUUUGACGGCAAUAUGCAAAAGUUCUUCGAGGAGCUGGUCCACUUCAUCGCCGUCAGCCGGAACAUGAUGCGCAAGGCCAAGAUGGCUGCCCGCAUCGCCCAAAUCAAGAAAAUGGCCGAGGUGCAAGUUGGAGAUGACACUGGCGACGACACGCCUCAACGACCUACGCUACACUACGUCAGCGCGCGGGGGCUCGACUCGCUCGCUUCCGCGACUCCCAACGGCGGCACGUCGACGGGACGCGAGCCCGACAUUUUCGACGCCCUCGACAAGAACCUCGACACCCUGCAGUCCACCAGCGAGCUGGCCGCCUUUCAGUUUCUGCGAGAAGCUUCCAAUAACAAGCACAUGAAGACGAUUAAUAGGAUUCUUGGCGACGUGUUGGAGGCGGCCACCGCGGAGCUGGCGCGUCUGGCACGCGACGAGCCCGCCUUGAUUCGGGAUGCCGAUGCCGCCGCUGCCCGCACCAAACGACCGCUGAGCAUGCGCAAGGAGCUGCCCGCCGGGUCCAGGCCGGCCGAGGCGCCCAACAAGCGGCAGAACCUGGGUCAUUUCAAUCCGUCGACGAGCCUGCCGUCGAUUGGACACAUGGAGGUUGACUUUGCGGCUCUGCGAAAUGACGAGGCCAUCGCGCCGCAAGUCAUUCACAUGCCGACAAAUGUGCACGUCUAG